UUCCCAGCUGCUCCAGCAUGGAGGAGACGGUGCCCUCGGUGGAGGCCUACGAGGCAGCCAUGGUGCUCAGCGGGGUGGGGGACGCGCUGGGCUACCGGGGAGCCCGCUGGGAGUACUGCACCUCGGGCCCCCAGAUCCACGGCGAGCUGGCCGAGCUGGGGGGGCUGGCAGCCAUCAGCCUGGAGCCCCCCGAGUGGCCCGUCAGCGAUGACACCGUCCUGCACCUCGCCACCGCCGAGGGGCUGGCCACAGGCCUGGAGGGGGAACCCCUCCUGCAGGAGCUGGCUCGCCGCUAUGUGGCCGCCAUGGGGGACAUGGAGGGACGCAAGCCCGGACCCAGCAGCAUCCUUGGCACCUCCCAGCUGCGGCCGGGGGAGCCCCAGGGCUAUCGCAUCCCCUUCAACCCCCGCGGCACCGGCUGCGGGGCUGCCAUGCGCAGCCUGGCCAUCGGCCUCAGGUACCCACGUGCCUCGGAGCUGCCGACUCUGAUCCGAGUGAGCAUCGAGAGCGGGCGCAUGACCCACCACCACCCCACUGGGUACCUUGGAGCACUGGCGGUGGCCCUCUUUGGGGCACUGGGGGCUCGGGGUGAACCCCCAGAGCGCUGGGGGGCUGAGCUGCUGCGGGUCCUGCCCCUGGCAUGGGACUACGUGGAGAGCACCGGGGUGGCCGUGGAGGACAAUGCUGCUGCCUGGCCAUUCUUUGGGGAGGCGUGGCGCCGAUACCUGGACUCCCGCGGGCUCCUGGAAGGUGGUGGCCCACCGCGGGUGCCACCCCUCCCGUCCCCAGCCGAGCGGGACACAGAGUACCUAGGCUGGGCACUGGACGGGUGGGCAGGGCGCAGCGGCCACGACGCCCCCAUGGUGGCCCUGGAGGCGCUGCUGGCGGCCGGCGGGAGCUGGGACGAGCUGUGCGCCAGGGCAGUGCUGCACGGCGGGGACAACGACUCCACGGGGACCAUCGCUGCUGGCUGCUGGGGGCUGCUGGGGGGGCUGGCCUCCGUCCCCCCGGGGCUGCACGGCCGCCUCGAGUACCGCGGGCGGCUGUGCCAUGCUGCCCAGCGGCUGCACACGCUGGCCUGGGGGGCACGGUGAGUGUCCCUCUGUCCCUCUGUCCCUCUCCACGGAGAGCUUGGCAGUGAACAGGGUGCAGCAGGGACCUUCAGGUGUGCUGGGGUCCAAGGCAAGCCCCAGGGUGGCCACCACAUGGCCUUUUAGUGCUGCCCAGAACCUGCCCAAGGAGCCUCAGUCGCCCCCAGAGUAAAAAACAUCUCGCGA